UGAAGUUGGUGCAGCAAGUCAAACAGAGAAACACUGAGGAGACAUAGAACAAGCAGCUUUGACGACUAUAUAUAUGUGUAUGUGUGUGUGGUUAUUUUUUUUAACCAUAACAUGGAAUUACAACUAUUUUACAACCUUUCCUUCAUAUUCACUUGGAUAUUUGUACUUUCCUUUGCGUCAACAUCUUCUGGAAAUGACAUCCCAAAAAUAUACCUGGACAAUACAGUCUUUGUGACAUUUAAAGGUGAAAAUCUCACUAUCGGAUAUAAGUUGAAGAAACCACCAAACCAAACGCAAGACAUUUUGAGGUGCUUUGACCCUUCUGAAAAACAGAUAUACAGCAGUGACAUCCUCGGCACGGGUGAAUUAGCGGAAGACGUUUCACAAAGCUUCGUGUUGGAAAACAUGGUGACCUCAGGAGAAUAUCACUGUCAGUAUAAAAAUGCUAAGGCUUACUGGUUCCUUCGAGUAAGAGAUCGUGGCUAUACGGACGUUGGAAUAACGGAGUACACAGAGUUCACUAUCGUGGCUCUCUUCACUGGUGUUCUGCUGGUGUUCAGCGUUGUUGGUUCAGUGUAUGUCUUCAGAGGACAUUGGAAAUGUGGCAAUGCUGGUGAUGAAAGAACGCAGAUCAGAGAAGAGAGAAAAAUGGAGGACAACACAAAUGAAGUAUCAUCCCCAUCUACAUCUUUCUAUGCUAGUCUAGAGGCUCGGCCCAGGUCGAUUUACGAUGUCCUGGACCACUCAGCUGCCAACACACAACCAGAACAAAGAAAAGCUAAACCCAAGAAAGACAAAACCCCUAAACCAGUGGUGCAAACCACACAAAACCAGGAUGAAGGCAUAUUUGAGUCUGUAUAUGAGAACUUCUAAAUAGCAAAUAUUAAACUAAUAACACUGUGUUUUUGCUUUCUGAUGCCACAAGUGAUUUAAUACUGUAUGUGCAGCACAUAAUUUUAUAAGUGGAUACCGCUUAUCUUCUUUUACCUAUUUUACUGUAUAUAGUGUGAGCUGGUUUAAUUUACUCGAUACCAACACAAUAUAGUAUUAAACUGUGUUGUAUUAAACUGUGAAUGCAAACUGUUGACAUCAACCUGGAGAAACAUGGUUCCACAAAUGUUUUGACUGAAAUACUCUGGUGUCUAUCAGUCAUUCCUGAAACUUCAUGUGGUGCUCCAUCCCAAAUUAACUGAACAUCGAAGAGCCUUGAAUAUUGUCUCCUGCGAUGUUACGAUAUAUGUAUCUAUGUCCUUUGUUGUAAAUUGUUGCAUAUUUGUGAGAUUAUUGUUUUUUAUGUGAUGUUGCCAAUAGAGCCACUAAAAUUAAAGAAAAAUGCAUAACUUGAAUUGACAAAUAUUAAAGGUUCCUUAAAUGUUUUCCAUUUUUUCAUCUGCAGUGGUACUCUUUGCCAUACAUGUCAAAUGAAGUACAAAAAAAAAAAAAAAAAAGGGGGGGGGGGGG